UGACUAGCGUCGCUACAGGCAGGGGCCUCCUUUGUAAGUCUUCUCACGGGCGGGUUUGGCGUUCGAACAGGCGGUCGGUCGGUGGUCGUUGUCAAGCUGAUGAUAAGUCGACGGCAUUGGUUUUACUCAGUUCGCAAUUGUUUGCUUUGGGCUUCGCAUGGGUCUUUUUACCGCUGGUUGGUUGUUCGUUGUCGCGCGGUUUGUUUUUGACGAUUACGACGGGAUCUGAACAAUAUUCGAUGAGUCUUUGAUUGAGUUUCGUGCGUACGAUUUUCUCUAAUCUUGUGAUUUCAAGUGUUGUAGAAGGUGUCCUGUGAAUUUUUGACGAUAUUUGAUACGAAACAGUCCUGGACGUUGUAUAGUUCAACACGAUUCGAACGAAGUUGAUUGAUGUUUGUGAUUCGGAAGCGGUUGGAGUUGUUGAGCCAAGUUAACAUUCCUCCACUUGAUUUCGUGACAAUUUUCAUGAUUGAAACUAAAUUCUAAGUCUCCAUGGCAAUGUCGAAAAAUCGCGGAAGUUGUUCGAAUUUGGUGAAACUUGCAUCGAUAGUGAGUUGACGAGCUGCGGAAAGUGUGGCUCAUUACGUCGUUUGGUUUGCGCGGUAAUUUCAGUUUCCGUUCUGUACUAUCGCUAUUUUGUAGGGUGGCUUCCGUUACACAUUCAGACGGCAAUAAAGUUAAUAAAUUCUUGUGACGAAUUCCGAACCGAGUGUUUCAUGAAAUUGCCUACAAUCAGCGUAAUAGCCGCUAGAAAUUCCUUUAAUUAAUUCAUGCAAUUGAAUGUUGUAAGAAACUACUGAUGUUGGUCGAUUUACCUUAAUAUACUAAAUAUUUUGUUUGUUGGGUUGUUACGCGACUGUUUUAUUAGUGGUCAUUUUGGAUUCCUUUUUGUUGUUGAAUUUCAAUUUUGUGACGUAUAAACUGAAUUCGAUUUGAUAUCGAAAACGGAGACGCGCUGGCGAGAGACAUACAAAACAUGCUAUUGGGUACACAAAACCAUUGUAACGGUAAUUUGGCAGCAUCAAAAGGUGCAACGGAUUUCUCAAUAGCGGCCAUCAUGGCACGUGGUGCAUCCAGUCGUGAGCCAUCGGAAAGGAGUAUUAGUCCAUUAUCGGUCGAUCGGUUUCCUGAAGUUGAUGACGAUGUCGACGUUGAUGUCGAACAGUGUAGUGAUUCAGAGGCGCCUACACGAUCAUCUCGUGUGGCCCAAACAUCAUGUGCAUCACCACCCAGUCCAUCAGAGGAUGAUCGAUUAUCACCAGAACCAGUGCAGACACGUCCAAAUAUAACCGGAUCAUGCAAUUGUGACGAUCUUAAACCCGUCCAGUGUCACCUGGAAACGAAGGAAUUAUGGGAUAAAUUUCAUGAACUUGGCACCGAAAUGAUCAUCACAAAAACAGGAAGACGAAUGUUUCCUACAUUACGUGUCAGCUUUUCGGGACCGCUUAGACAGACACAACCAGCCGAUAGAUAUGCCGUACUAUUAGAUAUUAUAGCUGUGGAUUCGAGGCGAUAUCGUUAUGCAUAUCAUCGAUCAUCAUGGCUAGUAGCGGGUAAAGCUGAUCCACCGCCACCAGCACGAUUAUACGCUCAUCCUGAUAGUCCGAUUAGUUGUGAGGCGCUACGAAAACAAGUUGUCUCGUUUGAGAAAGUUAAAUUGACAAAUAAUGAAAUGGACAAAAACGGACAGAUUGUCCUCAAUUCGAUGCAUCGCUAUCAACCCCGGAUACAUUUGGUUCGUCUCGGUCCGGGUCAGAGUAUCCCCAGCUCACCGAAAGAGCUUCAAGAGGUCGACCAUAAAACUUAUGUGUUUCCUGAGACCGUUUUUACAGCAGUGACAGCAUAUCAGAACCAGCUGAUAACAAAAUUGAAAAUCGAUUCGAAUCCGUUCGCGAAAGGUUUCCGAGAUUCAUCAAGACUGACGGAUUUUGAUAGUUUUGAUUACAGAGAUCCAAUGGACGCCCUUCUCCUCGAGCAGCAUCUACGCGCACCGCUCCGUCUAUUCCCGGAACCCCUGAUUCCGCAAUUCACUCAACAGGAUGCAGACGCAGCAUCAGUUGCAAUACUGGAAAAAGCUCGCCAACAUCUUCAAAUGUGGGGUCGAUCACCGUACACGGAACUAUUACUGCCUCAGAUCUAUCAACGUCCAGGACUAAGUGCACUGAACCUCGGCCUCUGGCAACAGCAAUGGCCCCAACUCCAAGCAGGCUUUCUAGCGAGUGCAGCCGUCUCAAAUGCACGGACUCCACCGCCUCCGCCAGUCUCUACUCCAUCAAGUUCAGGGUCUCCUUCGCCGGAUAUGAGGACGAAACACUUUCAACGAUUUAGUCCGUAUCAGAUACCGCAGCACCCACCAACCCCAAGGAGUCCGCCAAAUUAGUAGAAUACCUUUUUAGCGCUGUACGAAACAAUAAAAAGAAACUCCAGUGAUGGAGGAUGCAGUUCCGCAGUCUUGUGUUUAGGUAUGCGGAGGGCGAUGCAUCCUCAAACUGUGUGCAAAAGAGAUGCGGCAGAGCCCCUCACUCCUAUAUUUUGUAAGUAAUCCAAUUUACGGAGCCCAGCGCUCCCCUAACGUGAAUACGAACUGAAUGACAGGGGAUGCACCAUCAUUCGAGCGUGUGACAAACUUAGAAACAAAUUGCGUGUACUAUCUGUGGUUUAAUUAUUAUUUCCUGAAUUUAGUAUUAUUUAGACUUUCCGUUCGUUGGUCUUAGUCCCAAAUUUAGCCCAGCUAUAAAAAUUUUAUUUCAAUCUUAAAUACACAACUGAAAUGUAUUCAAAUGAUAAUAAUAUGGCGGAGAAUAUACUUAAACUAAAUCAAACAUUCUUAUAUUGUUGUUGCGUGUAAAUACUGUAAGUAGACACUAAGGGUACACCUAGGAGCUAGAAAGUGAAGUAUUAAGCAAACCCGAAAUCAGAAUAUUAAAAUAAAAACAAAUAAAAUAUGUUAGAAGAUGCUUAAUUAAUAUAAUUUCUAAGAUAUUAGAUACAUUGCCUGUGUAAUUUAUUUAUUAUUAUUUUAUGGCUUAUUUUAUUUAUGUACAAAAGUAUCGGUUAAUAAAAUAAAUAGAUCAAAAUAGGUAAAACAACUAUAGAAGUAACUGAAGUGAAGAGAGCGAGAGAGAGAUGAAUGAGAUGUCUGAGUGUAGUUUUGGUGCUGCUUGGAACGCUUUCGGGCCGAUAUUGUAUUAUUGUAAAUGUUAACUAUUGUGAAUCACCUAAUAAACUGUA